AUGAGCUCCGCAAUUCCCUCUACCCGGCAGGUGUCCGUGAAUUCACCUGCCAGUGCACCCAUUGCAGCUCCUGCAGGUGCAGAGAAAUCCAACUGCCCCGGUGCAAAGAUUAGUGAAAAUAGCGGCACUUCCAGCCCUAUUCCCGCCGGUGAGGACCAAUCUCAUCUCCCCGCAAAUGUCCCCACAUCAACUAUCUCAGCUCCGAUCCAGUCGGAAAUCCACUUUGUCAAUCUCCCGGUUGAGAUCCAUGAGAUUAUUCUUGAUCAGCUCUUUGGCGAAAGAGCCUCAGCUGGUAAUCACACAGCAUAUGGUGCUCAGCACUGGACCAAGGCUCUCCACCAUCCGCGGCGGAAGGCCCUCUCUAACCUGGCAUUGAUUUGCCGAGUGUGGACUGGGCUUGUUCAAAGCCGAAUUUACCGCCAUAUCAGAAUCAAGGGCAGUAGAGAAGGAGUGGCCGACUGUGUGCGGUGGUUCAAGAGAAAGGCGCAUUUGAUUCCUUAUGUCUGCCACAUUGAGGUCUGGAUGCCUAUCUGGGGAGAUCGGGCUGUUUGGCCUAACAUUUCUGGCUCAAAUACGGCGCAUUAUGCCGCUCAGACAGCCGCAGGACAUGUAAUACCCAUGCAAUGGAAUCAGCACAACAAUCAGGUAGAAGGUAUCUUUUAUUAUCGCCGUGCACUCAACAACGCUUCACUGGAGGAUAUUUUCAAGCUUGUUCGGCUCUACUUCCCCGCAGCCCGAGUUCUCACACUGGAAGGCGGUCAUUGCAAGAAUUCGCCCAGGAUCCGCCAUUUCUGUCAUGAUAACAUUCUCCAACGGCGUCUACCUGUUCUUGGAAACAUUCAGACAUUGAUCAUGCGAGGUUCCUGGAACUUGAUGCGCAAACUUGACGACUGGGAUAACAUCGCACGGGCAUUGCCGGCAUUGAGUGAAUGGCAUUGUUCUUGGGCCCAACCCCAUCUAAAUGCCUACUUCAUCAUGAUACACAUCCUUACCUACCCUCCAAUAAAACUCCGACACAUCAAUAUCAGUCUUGAGGGACUUUACAACCACAAUGAUGAUGUGCUAGCUGGGCUCUUUGGACAUCGAAAAUCGCUUCCUCCAAUCUGCAGUCUGCUUGGCGAGAUGGCUCCACGUUUAGAGUCAUUCACCUACACUGGUCGAGUGUGCUGGUAUUUCUUUGAGACUUUGAAACAAAGUGCAACGGCAAUGAGUUCUCGUUCUCGGCUCAGGUCAAUGGAUAUUGUAGUCAAGGCAUGUUGUCAUAAGCAGCAGGUAGACGGCUCGCAUCACUGGUCACAGUUGAGCCAGGGGAUAGGUGGAAUUACCAGCAUGGAGUUCAUUCUUGCGUUCGAGGCAAUGGUGAUCAAGGCAAUCGAGUGUCUAUCUGUACUCCCAACCUUGGAGUAUUUGCGGAUCCGUUUUAUCGACCUUGAUUCAAGCUGUCCCCCUCUGAACCCUUAUUUCCAACUUUUCAAAAAUGAGUGCACUGGCCUGUGGAGUGACGAUAUCCUGGAAGCUUUGCGCAUGAACCGGCCAUCGGCCGCAUUUUUCUCCCUUACAGAUGGAAUAUACGCGGAGUACGAUGACCAGCAGAUUGUGGGAGCCUUGAUGCCCCGAGUUCGCCCCCUUGGCAUCCAAGUGAGCAUGUACAGCCUCAUCGCCGACAGCUCCAACCCUUACUAG